UCCACCUGACUCCCCAUAGAGGGAAGGGUCCUGGGGAAGAUGCAAUGGGCACAUCUCUGCAGGGCAUCACAGCACAGCAAGCCCUGGGACUGACCCUGAGGUGCAGGAAGGAGCCGUUCAAGCUGCCAGAGGGGAUUUGCCCAGAGCUGGAAACGAGACUCAGCAUCCUGUCUGGACAAACGCUAGCUCUACAGGAGAUUUUGAGGAAGUUUCAAGAGACUCUGCCGUCCACCUUGGAGAAGGGCAAAAGGGUACCAAAGGCGACGGUGACUCUGGAUCCGGACGCGGCAAAUCCCUACCUCGUCCUGUCUGUGGAUCGGAGAAGUGUGAGAUGGACAAACAAACGGCAGCCUGUGCCCGACAAUCCUGAGAGAUUUGAUGUGGACUCAUGUGUGCUGGGCCGGGAGAGAUUCACCUCUGGGAGACACUGCUGGGAGGCAGAGGUGGGGCAGAGGGACUGGGCCCUGGGGGUCACCAGAGAGUCUGUGAGGAGGAAGGGAGGGAUCAGAUUUAGCCCCAAGGAGGGGAUCUGGGCAGUGCAGUGCUGGGGGGAUCAGGUCUGGGCUCUCACGGCCCCUGCUCCCACCCGCCUGUCCCUGCGCCGGGUGCCCAGGAGGGUGCGGGUCUGUCUGGACUGUGCGGGGGGGCAGGUGUCGUUUCUCGAUGCUGACACCGAGGCCCCGAUCUUCACCUUCCCGCCGGCCUCCUUCGCUGGGGACAGAAUCCGGCCCUGGUUCUCGCUUUGGGCGACGGGGCCUGGGUCCGAGCUGAGACUGUGCCAUUGAGUGAUGGGGAACAGCCGGGGAACGGACCCCCCACGUGGGGAAAGGGGCUGAUCUGGCUUCCUAUUCUCUACGACCCCGGAGUAGUCCCAACUACCCACCCCCGUCCCCUCCUCUCUGCCCCGGGAGCUGCCCAUGUGAAAGAUGCCGACAAGCCCAUCCCGUUGCACUGACCCAUCAGUCCCGGCACUCGUUAGCCCUGGGGGAGUCGAGCGCGGCCACCAGCACGGACCCUUGAGGACGCCGCCCCAGCGAUGACUUUGAAACUCGUGCUGAGCUUGGGCCUGCUCACAAAAGUGAAAAUACAGAGUACGGAUGCUAACUGCAUGUUGCAAGAGGAUGCGAGGUCAUGGCGAGGCCAUCCGAGAAGGGAUAAUGAAGUAUCUCCUCAGCUCAUCUUGCUCUAUUUAGGGUGAUUUCAGGCAGACUCCUUGCUGUCUGGUGUGUAACCAUAUGAGAUGUCUAUCCUUGAUUAAUUAGUAUGGUAAAUAUUUCUUUUGCAAUUAGCUCAUGUUUAUGUGCAGGAAGAGACAUUCCCCGUAUGUGGUAGAUGUCUCCUCCUGAUUCAGUGUGUUUUUCCUGGCUGUUAAUCAGUUUCUUGAUAUGUUUCAAACCGGAUCAUCUCUUGUUACCGAAGAAGGUAACUCUUUCACAUUAGAAAGUUCUGACAACCAGUGAUGAGCAGGAUAAGUAACAGUUUUUUCCCGUCAAUUAUUGCUUCGGACUCUCUUGAUUUGCACAACCAAAAGAAUGUUUGAAGAUGCUAAACUAAGGGGAGAAAAAGGCAG